AGAUUCAAAUGAAAAACUAAAAAAAUUAACUGAUCAGUUAUUAUCAAGAUAGAGGACAAGCUUAUAGUCUGCAAAACAAUCUUUUAAAGAUCAUCAUAAUGAUAAUUAAAUAGAUGUAUAAUUGUUAGAUGAAAUAUAAUAUGAUGAAGACUUUAUAUAAAGAAGGAAUUAAUAGAUAAGUGAAAUGGGAUAAUAUUAUUAUUAUAGAUGUUAGAGUUAUAUACUAAUUAAAUUAAAUGAUGACAGAUGGAGCUAAAAUGAUACAAGAACAAGGAUUAAAAAUUGAUAUAAUAAAUUAAGAAGUGAACAAUUCUAAAUAGAAAGUGAAAGAAGCUGAUACAGAAUUGAAAAAAGCAUCUUAAGUUUAAUAAGGAAAUAAUGGAAGAAUGUAAUAUUGUUUAUAAAUUUAGGUUAUUCUUUUGUGGCAUAAUUACUUUGUUAGUUGUGAUUAUAGUAUUGUUAUUUAGUGCUGGUUCUAGACCUUAUCAAGAUCCUAAUGCUUAAUAAUAAUAAUAAUAAAAUUGA